GGUUAUCUGAACACUCUCCGAGCGCCUGUAUUUUUCCUGGGAUAAAAGAUGAUUGAUGUGUUUGCAACAAAUGCGACUCCUGAGUUACUGCUGCAGCUCAAUGCAUUGCUUGAGCAAGAAUUAAGAUAUCAGCCAAAGCUCUCUGGCUUGCGAAUAAUUGAAUCAGCUCAUGAUAAUGGGCUCCGGAUGACGGCAAGGUUGCGGGAUUUUGAAGUGAAAGAUCUGCUUAGUUUGAUUCAAUUCUUCGGCUUUCGCACAGAGACGUUUUCUCUUGCCGUGAAUUACUUAGAUCGUUUUUUAUCAAAAAUAAAGGUUCAGCCAAAACAUUUGGGCUGUAUUGGCUUAAGUUGCUUUUACUUGGCGGUGAAAGUCAUGGAAGAAGAGAGUAAUAUUCCAUUAGCUACGGACUUAAUCCGAAUAAGUCAGUAUCGGUUUACUGUUAGUGACCUAAUGAGAAUGGAGGAAAUUCUUUUAGAGAAGCUACAUGGGAAAGUAAAAGCAACAACUGCCUCCCAGUUUCUGCAACUUUAUUGUUUAAUUCUAUGUGACAGCAUCAACUGUGAAAGGAAUGAUAAUCUUAAAUUAGAGAGACUUGAAGCCCAACUAAAGGCGUGCCACUGCAGAAUUCUUCUUUCAAAAGCAAAGCCUUCGGUGUUGGCACUUUCAAUAAUGGCCCUAGAAGCUGAAAAGAAGAAAGUGCCAGAAUUGGUUGAAAUAAUACAGUGUCUCCGAAUACAUUCCAAGAUAAAUAGUAGAGAAUUUUCCUUUUGGAAAGAACUUGUAUCAAAGUGCCUCUCAGAAUAUUCCUCAAGCAAAUGUUCCAAGCCAAGUGGACAAAAGCUAAAAUGGAUUGUGUCUGGUCGCACAGCCCGGCAACUGAAACACAGUUAUUAUAGAAUUGCCCAUCUUCCCACAAUCCCAGAAACUGGUCCCUAAAAGUGGUAAUCCUGAAGAAGAGUGGAUGGGACAUUGUUUGGCAACAUAUGUUCAAUCAACAAGGAUAUAAGCUUUCCUGUGCUGAAACAGAAAUUGUUGGAUUCUUCUGACCUGAUUUCAUGUUAAACUUCAACCACACUUAUGCCUCUGAACUAUAUACCGUAUAGCCUGUUGCCACAAGACUGUUUUUAAUCCACUCAAAAUUUUUUAAUAGAACUAAAGACUUUUUUUUUGUAAAGGAAUGCUUGGGUCUAAAAUACCAACAAGUCAGCUACUUUUGUUUUGAUCUACUCUCUGGAAAUGUGAAAACGUGAGUCAUCGUAGAACUUGAUCCUGAAUAGUUCUUCUGUAUACUUGCACUUCUGAACUAAAUGGUGGUAUAAAAUGAACAUAACCAUCACUAAACUAAUAAAAUAUACACACAGUUUCUAGGAAGAGUAGUAACAUUACUAAGAGAAAGAAAAUUGCUACAUCUGAUUCAUGGUAAUGGUAAUAAUGAUUGAGAAAUGGUGUUAACAUAAAAUUCCAAAUUAAUCCAAAAUUAGAUAAUUCCUUUAUACUGUGAUUCACAUUAGAGGUGAAUCUAAUCUAAUGAAAAAUAUAUUGGCCCUAGAUCACACUGACUGCAAGUGCCAAAUCUAAUGGUCUGUAUCUACAGUGUGUUAACAUAAAGAAUACAUUUUUAACAAGUAUCAUUACAGUUCAGAUUCUAGCAAAGUAUAUUUGAAAGAAGUUGGAAAGUACAUUAUAUUCACUGGAAAUUAAAACUGUUUAAAGAAUGCAAGUCAGGCACCAGCUGAGAAUGUGGGCAAUGUCUAAAAAUAGAAUUAACAUUUUAGAUUUUGCCCAUAGUGUUUCACCCCGGUCUUUAGUUCUGCUUGCAUGUACCAAAAUUGGUGAGACAAAUUUAAGCAUUUCACUGCUUAAACUUCUCUGGUCUGGAUUAAACUUUUUUUUACUCUAUUAGAAGUGCAAAAGUUCUGUGUUUAUAUUAAGCAUAUAUUUAGGGGAAUGUGACUGGCUUUGGAUUGGUAUCAAGCUUUCAGUAAAACAUUGUGUUAAAUGGAUUUCAAAGCACAUAAUUUAGUGGUGUGCUACCUUAAGCAGUUUUAAUUAUCUUUUCAACUUGAGAAUGUAUUCUACCAUAAUGUGUACUGCAUUGUUCAGCCCAAAUUAGAAUAGAUUUUACUUAGGAAGAAUUUUUGGAGCUGACUGGAAAGAUAAUGCAGCAAUUCUUACGUUUUUAAUUUUAGCACAUAUACCGUUGGUGUAAUUUCAUAUUGCCUUAAUGACUCACUUAAAGCUGACUGGCUUGUAUUUAGAAUCAAAGUAAGAAAUUUAGGAAAAUGACUACAAUUACAGAAACCUGAAGACUUGUUUUUGGUUUAACCCAGCAUUUGGACAAACCAUUUAUUUCUACCUCAUUGCAAGCUGCUCUUCAGAACAAAACUGAUGGGAUAUUUCCUCAGUCUAUCAUUUUUUAUGGACAUUAUUAAAUUGAAUAAUUGUAUCUUAACAUGCCUUUAGUAUUUGAAGAUUGAAACUGAACAAUAUUUAAGAUGUUUACGAUGUCAAGAAGGAACAAACUUGUUAUCAAAAUGUCCUAUUAUGCGUGUAAGCAACAAGAGUACCUUUCAAUAAAACACA